AAAAACGUCAAACGACCAGAAUUUGAUUUCGCCGAUUCGCGAAUUAAAAAUUGCAAAAAAAGAAAUCACAAAAACGUUCAAGCAAGAGGAUUAGUCCUGGGAUAAUUUGUGUUCUUAAGUGAAUUAACCUUACAGUAAGUGUAGUGUGUAUCAUUAAAUGAAAAUGUAUAGUUUUCCUAAGUUGCGUAAAUUUUAUAUUCAUGUUAUAAAAUAUAAAAUAUGUUAUUCAUUAAACGUGCAUGAAAAAAAAUAUUUCAUUAUUUAAUUGAUUUUGUACCGUUUCAAAUAAAGAACAUGUCCAGAAUAGACAUCACACAACCCCUUUGGGAUCAAAGCACAUUCUAUGGAAGGUUUCGGCACUUUGCAUUUAUUUCCAACCCUCUGCUGUCUCUGGCUCCCGAAAAGGAAUUGUAUGAUGCUAAGGAUCUCUACCUAAAAUACAAGGAAGGUCGAGAACCAAAAGACACAACUAUAGAGCAAGUGGUGAGAGCGAAGCAGUUGUAUGAAUCAGCGUUCCACCCAGACAGUGGAGAACUGCAGAAUGUGUUCGGCAGAAUGUCGUUUCAAAUGCCUGGGGGUUGCCUCAUCACGGGUGCGAUGUUGCAGUGGUACAGAACGGGGACAGCAGUUGUGUUCUGGCAAUGGGUUAAUCAAUCUUUCAACGCGCUAGUGAAUUACACCAAUCGUAACGCGAAGUCCCCCCUCACUACCACUCAGAUGGGAGUGGCGUAUGUGACCGCCACGUCGGCAGCAAUGGGCGCAGCGCUAGGGUUCAAAUUCUUCGUUGCGAAGCGGGCGAAAAACCCAAUACUUGCUAGGUUCGUGCCUUUCGCGGCGGUUGCUACGGCCAACUGCGUCAACAUUCCUUUGAUGAGGCAGACCGAACUGAUGGACGGUCUAGAAGUAGCAGAUGAAAAUGGAAAAAUUAUUGGCAAAUCACAACUGGCGCCCGCAAAGGGAAUUUCACAGGUGGUCGCAUCAAGGAUAGCGAUGUGUGCCCCAGGCAUGUUAUUACUGCCCUUAAUAAUGCGGCGAAUAGAAAAUAGACCUCUUAUGGUGAGAUUCAAAUGGGCUCAUGUCGGCGUACAGACCGCAGUAGUUGGCGUAUUUUUGACAGUAAUGGUGCCCGUUGGAUGCGCGUUGUUCCCUCAACGUUGUAAACUGUCUAUUGACACCGUCAAACGUUUUGAGCCGGAGAGAUACGAGGAAAUCGUUAAAAAUACGGAGGGUAAACCACCCCAAUACGUUUACUUUAACAAGGGUCUGUAAAUGAUGAACUAAAAAUUUUAAAAAAAGUCAUACAUACAUGUAUAUUUAUUUGAAAUUAUUAGAGAAAAGUGACAAAAAAGCAAAUAGGUCCAUUAGAAGUCAUUAUGACACAUGUCACUGCAAUAAGAGUCUGUAAUUUGUAAGUAAAAAAUGGUAAAUAAUGAUAUUUAUAUGAUAUUCGAACCGC